AAAUAUACUGAGAGCUGAAUGGAAAAAAGCACAGGAGCGACUCAAACACAGGCUGAGUGAUGGACAGAGAGGACAGAGAUGUGAAGGGCAGUCUGACUGAAGCAAAGCAGCGUAAAGACAACACCAGAGGAAAGACAAGUCCUUCUCGGCUCACACUAGCAAGACAGAGACAGAAAACUCAGCAGCAACAAGCUUCAGAGGAGGGAUCCAAAGUGGUCGAGCAGUUGAUCUCGCUCUCCCCGGAGCUGACCAGCUGGAUCAAACUCAACGCCAAAGACCUCAAGAUCCGAAUGACGGAUCGCCGCUGGGCCGCGGAGGUGGUCAACGAUUUCCGAGACAACCUGCUGAAAUUCCUGAGGGGCAACAGUGACCAGCCUUUCUUCCAGUCUGCCGACUUCCUCAACAGCGGCAGCUACUUUGAGAAAGUCAAGAUCCACAGCCCCGAUGAGUUUGACAUGAUGCUGAAGCUUCAGGCUCCAUGGCGCCUCAACAUGACAGAGCUAGACGGCGGCCUCUUCUACCGGAUCGAUCUUGCCCGGCCCACUCGGAGCCCCAUACAAGCCUUUCUUCUGGAGAACGGGUGCACCCUCUCAUCGAGCAAGAUUCUGAGUGAGAUGUUUCGCCUGGUCCGCAAGUUCCUCAAGAACUACAAAGUGCCUGAUGAAGGCUUUCGCUGGGAGGUGAACAGGAAGCGACUUCACUCGCCGGCUGUGACUUUGUCUCUGUGCAGGAAUGAAAUCUGCAGUGACGAGUUGAUAUCUGUGGACCUGGUUCCUGCUCUGGAGGUUCACUCUUCUCAGGGCUGGCCGCUCGCUAUCCGCAAUGGUCCAGAUGUGGACAACUGGCUGGGAAAGAAGGUUCGCCAAGAAAUCAAAAGUUUGCCGUGCUUCUUCGUACCGAAGAGACCCAAAGGACGAAACCUCAGUGAGGAGGCCAAAGAGAGUUGGAGGAUUUCUUUCUCUCACAUUGAGAAGAUACUCAUCAGGAGCCACGGCAACAAGAAAACCUGCUGUGAGAGCAACGUCACCAAAUGCUGCCGUAAACAGUGCUUGAUGCUCCUCAAGUCUCUAAUUGAAGGCCUGAAACAACGUUUCCCCAAAGAGCUGGAUCACCUCUGCUCGUACCACGGGAAGACAGCCUUCCUACACACCCUGUCCAUCAGGUUCGACGACUCCAUGUGGGCUCGCCAGCAGCUCCCUGUCUGCUUCCUGCACCUCCUCGGGGCCCUCGAGAGCCACGCUCGCACAGCCCUCCUACCUCACUUCUUUGUGCCCAACUGCAACCUCUUCUCCCCGGCCCUCUUCCCCCGCAGAGCGCUGGCUUUCCUCGUCAAAGCUCUGGAGGAGCAGAGGAGGGAAGGACUUCCCCUGCUGAAGCAUCCGGCUCCUGUCCCACCACUCAGACGGAUGACUCCUCCAGGAGACACGUCCUCUGAGACAUCCUCCCAUGAGUCCACUGCGGUUUUCUCUCUGGACACUGUAUUUAGGAAUAAACUGCUCCUGCUGUUUGCUAUAGCUGUAGUUUGUGUUCUAUUUUGUAUUUAUGCGAUGGGAAGUUAGGAUGGCGUGUAUGAAUUAGGUGAAAACAGGUAGCAUAAUAAAGGGCAAAAUUCCUUUUUGAUUCAAAUUGACCUCUGACUAUAUCAGAUAUUUUUCUUUGGUGAUAAAGGGGGUUUUAACAAUGUAUAGUGUGAAAGUAAAAUAAAUAUUCUCAUGUUUACCUUUAAUGCAGAUUGUUUCAGAAAUGUUUUAAUGGGAGACUUAUUCUUGUAGUUCUUUUCAAAAAGAAAAACCCUUUGAAAGAACAUUUCAAUCCUUUUUUUGGAUGAGACUAAUAUCAUCUAGGUGUAAGUCCUUUGUACAUAAAUCUCCUUUUUAUUUUACUUUCCUUUGUGUAUUUGGGACUUUUGGUUUUAAUGUAAAGUGGUUAGUAUUGUUUUGUGUUUUUGUAACUCAGUUUCUGCCAUCUCUUGUAGAUUAAAGGAAUAUAUUAAUUGCUAAUUCAUUAAAUACUGUAUCUUGAAUGAAACUCAGUACCUUGCCUUUUUGAUGUAAUAAGGAAUAAAGGAAUUUAAAA